GAGAACACAGCAAAGUUUCCUGCAUUUACACAGUGGAUCCUAAUAACCGCAACUUCAGCAUUGCUGCCCGUGUCUGGACAAUACUCUCUUUCAGGAUGCCUCCUGUUUUCCAUGUAAUUAACCUGUUCAGCGCUAUGUUAUCCAUAGUCUCAGUUCUCAGUGAGGAUCCUGGACUUCUGGUGAAUGCAGUAAGGAACAUCGCUGUGGUGUCAGACCGUGUUGUUGUGGCCACAGACUGUACCAGUUGUGAGUCCUGCCUGUACCAGUUUGAUCACACCCUGAGCCAGCAGUUGGCUGCAACUUCAGUUAAUGGAUCUAGAACGGAGUGUCUUGGAAGUGCCCCCCGACAAACAACCACAGGGCAGAAACCUGUGUAUAACAUGCUGUUGCUUGUGUAUAAUGACACUGUGCUCAACUGCUGGGUUAAAGAUAACUGUUUUUGCAAUGAAAGGAAACUGAACCAUUCUGAAAACAUUAUCAGUACUACCCCUAAUCUACUGACCAACAACACAAACCUCUCAGCUGCAGGAAUUGUAUUUACUGCUGACCUAUACACCUAUCUCAUUAUUGCUGCUUUUACAAAAAAUAUCACAGAUCUGCAUCCAAUAUCUAUAAAAACAAGAAUAGAUACAGGAUUUAUAACAGAGGACCGUGGUAGCUAUGUACAAUUAGCUACAGCAGCUGUUUUGCUGUUUGUGGAUGCCUUUUCUUGGGAGAGAAUUUUCUUUUUUCCAUAUUUUUCUCCUGAAGAAGACAAAACCAAAAUAAUAUCUGCAAUGUAUCGGAAAGGACCAAAACUGCAGCUUUUGCACCUUGUUCAUCUUUUUUGUGACAGUGAUAUACAAAGAGGAAAGAUUCUGUCUUCUUUCAAUUUUACAAGAUCAGGAGGACUCUUUUGGGCUGGGAUAUUCAGCAGCCAAAGUCAAGUUAUGAGCCCAGAUAAAACAGCACUCUGCAUUUACAAUCUCACUGACAUGAAACAAGAAAAAACAAACUGUAUUGCAGAAGACUUUUUUGACGCUGAUAACGAUUGUAAUCCUUCUGCACAAAAACCUCACGUGAUUUCUCCAAUAAACCGGGGACCUACUCUGACACAUGGCAACUUGUCUGCUGUUUUCGCAGUAGAAGUGCAGAAUAAAAUGGUUUUCUUCUUGGGAACUGGAGAUGGACAGGUUUUGAAGGUUACCUUGGAUUCAGAGUGGAAUGCAAACUGUCCAGAAAUCUUAUUCCAAUUUGAUAAAGACACUGCAGUGUUCCGAACUAUCAAAGCUGAUCCUGUUAACAGUGCCUAUAUAUAUGUAGCUGCAGAAAAUAAGAUAAAACGGAUUAAGGUUGCUAACUGUGAAGUGUUCAAUACAUAUAAGGAGUGUUUAUCAGCUAAGGAUCCACAUUGCGGAUGGUGUCAUUCUCAGAAAAGGUGUACACUAAAUGCAGAAUGUUACCCAUCAGAUGUUCCAGGUAACUGGAAUGGCAUUUCAGAUGACAGAGGAAAUUAUCUGGAUUUUAAUGUUGUACCUAUAGGUGACAGACAGCUCAGAAUAACAGCUAUGUCAAGUACUGCUAAAAAUACCAUGUGGAACUGCAUGGUGCAAAAUAUGGGCACAAAUGUGACACUUUGCAAUGUUGUGGCAGAGAAAAACUCCAUGAAAUGCUCCUGUCAGUUCUCCACCAAUGGAUUGUCUGAUAAUGACCAACUAGCAAUUGAAUUAACAAAUGGGAAUGGAACAGUUUCAGAUGUCCUUCAGCUUAAAAAGUGUCGCCAGCUGCAAAAUAGAUGCAUGGAGUGCAUACAGAGUGGGUGCUUAUGGUGCACGACAAAUGCUAUGUGUUCAUCUCCCUUGGCCCCGUGUAAAGAAUAUGGAGAGAAGGCAAAUUGCACAACUUUACAUUUAACAACUCCUGCACCACCAAAACCAACAGCUAACCAGGCCAACGUUACUAUUAAAUCUAUAAGCUCAGAUAGGAUACCGUAUGUAGGAAAGAACAUAUCAAUAACUGGUGAAAACUUACGAAGUUUGUCAAGAGUGGUUUUAUUCGGAACCAGCAGCUGUCCUCCACAAAACAUUGAAAUAUCGGAGAUUAUCAAUGACACACAUGCUGUCCUGUCACUUCCAAAAGGUCGCAAAGAAGUCAAGAGUAUUUGUUUUAAUUCUGGGGAAAAUAUCUGUUCUGGAAGAAAAACUAUUAACUAUAUAUCCUUGCCAUCUUGCUCUAACAUAUCACCGAACACAGCAUGGCAAAGGGGUGGUCGCAGUAUUACAAUUACUGGAAAUAAUCUUGAUUUUGUUAAUAGUCUCACUGUAUCAAACACAUUACAUCAAUGGAGGCCUAUCCCCUUACGUCCAGGAAACAUAUCACAAUGCAGUUUCCUUGCUCCACCUUUUGCUGCACCAACGCAGUGGCUGAAUAUCAGCAUGAAAGUGGAAGAUACAUUUAUAUCAUGUGGAAGUCUGAAAUAUCUUGAAAAUCCCAGUUUCACAAGUUUUGCUGUUCUUAAUGAUGUUGACACUGAAAUAGAAUUACGAAUAAAGAAAACAAAGGAUGAUCUAGCUAUUCAGAGACAAGAGAUGCAAAUCCAGAUUUAUUAUUUAAAAAUGAUCUAUGACUGCAUUUUGGAUAAUAUUACCCAAAACCUAGAAGGAAGUACUGUAUUUUGUAAAGCAAAGAAAUAUUCUGCAGUUAAAAUUGAUGUGUCAAAAAUGAAAGUAAAUGUGACUUUGGGGCAUUUUACAACAAUUCUGGAAACCCCAGGUUUUUCUCGCAUGUACAUUCUCCUGCUACUUCUUCUUAUACCUAUUUUGGUUGUAAUCAUUGCUGCGUGUUUGGUGAACAAACGUAAGUCCAAAGAAAUGAGCAACAAACUGAGUGAGCAGCUUGAACAAUUGGAAUGUGAUGUUAUAGAAGAAAUACGUAAUGGAUUUGCUGAAUUACAAAUGGACAAGUUAGAUGUGACAGUGGAAAGUGUGGGUACCAUUCCUUUCCUUGACUACAAACAUUUUGCUCUGAGGACAUUACUUCCAGAGAUGGCGGAGAGCAAAAAUGACUUCACUGAGAAACUUUAUGAAACUAUCCCAUCACCGUUCCGAAACAGAACAGUUGAUGAAAACGAACAUUUGCUCCUUUUGAGGAAACUAUUUGAGAAAAAGCGUUUUCUGGUCCACUUAAUCCACACCCUGGAACAUCAGAGCAAUUUCUCCGUUAAAGACCGGUGUCUUUUUGCAUCAUUCCUGACCAUAAGCUUUCAGAGUAAUCUAUUAUAUCUAACUGAACUCCUUGAGGUUUUGAUAAAAGACCUCAUGGACCAAUCAAGCAACAAACAUCCCAAACUGAUGCUUAGGAGGACAGAAUCUGUUGUGGAGAAGCUACUGACCAACUGGAUGUCUACCUGUCUGUAUGGCUAUCUAAGGGAAUUUUCAGGGGAACCACUGUACCUUCUUGUUUGCAUGCUAAACCAGAGAAUUCACAAAGGGCCGAUUGAUGCAAUUACCUGUAAAGCCCUGUAUACUUUGAAUGAGGACUCACUUCUUUGGCAAAUGAAUGCCAAAUUCAACAGUUUGGACCUGAAUGUGUAUUUUCCAAAUGACAGUGAAGAGAAGGCAACGGAAUCUAUUAAGGUUACUGUUUUGGACUGUGAUACAGUUGGCCAAGCAAAAGAGAAAAUCAAGCAAGCUUUUUUCCAUAAAAAAGGAUAUAACUGGGGGUCUCCACUUCAUGACACUUGUCUAGUGCUUCAUCAUGGUCAAUUACAGAAGCAGCUGUCUGAUAUUGAUGACACCUCUGUAGUUUUGGAAAAUGGCAUCAUAAAACUAAAUACCUUGAAACAUUACAAGAUUGAAGAUGGAGUAACCAUUAAGGUCACCGUACAGAAAAACUGUGAUGUGCAAGAUUUGGAAAAUUCCAGUAAAUACUGUCACCUGGUUUUACCAAGUUCUCAAGGAAUGGAGGAAGUAGAAGGUGAAGAAAGCAAAGGCAAACAUAAAUUUAAAGUAAAAGAGUUAUAUCUGACAAAGCUUCUAUCCACUAAGGUUGCAAUUCAUUCAACUGUAGAAAAGCUGUUCAGGAGCAUUUGGACCAUACCAGCAAACAAGCCACCAAUAGCUGUCAAAUAUUUCUUUGAUUUCCUGGAUUCUCAGGCAGAGAACAAGAAAAUAGCCGACCCAGAUGUGUUGCACAUUUGGAAAACGAAUAGCUUACCUCUUCGUUUCUGGGUGAAUAUCCUGAAGAACCCUCAGUUUGUGUUUGACUUAAAGAAGACAAAUCUUUUGGAAAGCUGCCUGUCAGUCAUUGCACAAGCAUUCAUGGAUAGCUUUUCCAUUUCAGAGCAACAGCUAGGAAAGUCCUCUCCGACCAACAAACUUCUUUAUGCUAAAGAUAUUGCAAUGUUUAAAGAAGAAGUUAAAAAUUAUUAUAAAGGUAUCAGAGAUGCACCCCCUGUAUCUUCAUCAGAACUUAAUGAAUUCCUAACCACGGAAUCAAAGAAACACAAGAAUGAGUUUAAGGAAGAUGUGGCUUUGUUGGAACUGUACAAAUACAUUGAGAGGUAUCACCAAGCGGUCCUGGGUAUGUUGGAGAAAGAGGCUGGAUUUGAAGAUGAGCAAAAGCAGCUCCUGCAUAUUAAAGCAUUAAUGGAAGAUAAAAAGAAGUGCAUGUGGAACUGAGAGAAAAGAGACGAAGAACAGUGUAAUGAACGGAGUGGGUUUGCCUAGGCAAUUAUAUUUUGUCACCACUCAUAAGUGGAAUAUAUGCAUGUUUUCUCCCUAAGUAAAAGACUCUGUACAAAACAGAUAAUAUAUAUAUAUAUAUUUUAGCAAGUGGGACUGUUGUUUCUCGUCUUUCAAUUGCCUGUACUUCUUUUAACCAUAGCACCAGAAUUAUGGUGAGUCCCAACUGCUAUUUAUAAAUAUGUAGAUGAAUGUGGUUCUUUGUGCAAACUGUGUACUAAAUAUGUUUAUAUAUAACUCAAGUAAAAUGACUAGACCUUUUUUUUUUUUUUUAAAUCAGAUACUGUGUGUAUAAAUAAAGUGUACUUUUUUUUAUAAA